AUGUCGGAGAAGGCCGCUGGGAAGCGAAGGGCCCGUCAGGAAGUUCCGGAUGAGGACGCCCCGCAACAGCCUGAGGAGCCAGCAGUGUACCUAGCUGACCACGCACCACCGGCAGGAUUCCCUGCCACAGACGCUCAAUACCCCGGUUCAACGCCCGCACCUUUGCCCCAGGGUUCCGGCCCUAUGCCUUCGUACUAUCCUUCACACCCACACUCGUUACAUCAUUUUCAUCCUUCUGCCUACACGCACCCCGCUCCUUACCCAUCUCCGUAUCCGAGUCACCCUCUUCCGGGCCCUCCCCGUCACUAUCCUGUCGCACCUACCGCACCGCACAGCGAGCAUCGCUCCGAUGGGCGACAAGACUCACCUGAUAUCGUUAUCAAAGAGGAGCCUUCCGAUGACGACACCGUCUUCCCCGAGAUUCGCACCAUCCUCGCAGAGCCCGUUGCUGGGAAGAAGCGCCAGCGCAAAUCGGCUGCGGGUGCGAAGGGCAAAGGUGUAGCUGCAAACUCACCGGCGUUGCCGCAGCCUUCCCCAGCAGCUGCUGCUGGCGGCCGCCGCCAGCCAGCCGCUAGCAAUCCCGGGCCUGCAAGGCGGGGAGGCCGGCAGCCAGGCGCAACGGGAUACACCGACGCUGAUCUCACAGAGAUGUUGCGCCUCGUCCGCAUGUUUCUUCCGAUAGGGCCCGACGAGUGGGCAACGGUCGUCGCGCACUUCAAUAAGUGGGCUCGUGCAAAUGGGCGUGGAGAACGUCAGGUGAAAGCAUUUCGGUCUAAAUGGGAUGCUAUCGUCCGGACUCCCAAGCCGACGGGCAAAGCAGAAGUCCCCUGGUUUGUUGAGGAGUCCUGGGACAUCAACGAUCUCAUCGAACAGCGCGCCCAUGUUCGUCCACUCAAUGACGCGAGGAUCGACAGUGUUGAGCAGCCUCGGGGAGCCGGUGGACAGGAGGUAAUAGAGAUCAUGGAUACCGAUGAGGAGGAGGAGAGCAAGCGCUACGUCGUUCGCAAGAAGGCAAGGACAGCAAACGCAAGCGCCGGCGCCUCGCCCUCUGUGGCUGCUGGCACUGCGCCACGCGGCCAAACGCGUACUGGCAUGUCGAACAACCUCAUCUCUUCCAUCGCAUCUGCCUUCGACCCCGCUGUCCAGACGGCCCGUGACGAAGCUCGUGCCGCUCGCCAUGUGGAUAACUUUCACCUGCAGUCCCUCAUAAGCGAUUUGCACCAUUACCGCCUUCGGAACGAGACGCUCCAAGAGCGGUACUUGGAAGAGAAGCGCCGCGGUGACCGCCUUGAAGAUGAACUCCGUCGACGUGAUGAACACCAAGCAUUUCUUGAACAGAUCGCAAAGACAACAGGUGAACCUUAUUACUCUGUCCACGCACGUCUCUUCGGAACGCCGGCUUCUCGACGCAUCCCAGAACCCGGGCCCGCGCCACCUCGUGCCAUUGAACCCGCUCCAACUCCUGGUCCCUCCAACCAGUCAAGCCGACCCCCUCGUCACGGUAGCCCAAUCCUUGAUCGGGCUUCUAUUGCGGCCAUGGCCGCGCUUGCUCGUGAAGAGGCCGGUGAGGCGCAUGUGCCUCUGCGAUCCCGCGAGCGCCUGCAGGGUAUGCCGAUCACCCCACAUUCGCCACGGCACGAUGCUUGUCCUUCGGACACAGGGGCGUCGACGCAGGUCGACCGUGGAAAUGUGACGGCCCCCGAGCCUCCGGCGCCAAGUCAUGAACUUGACGAAGAGACUUCAUAUGAAGUCACCGUCACUCCCCGCAAACGUCGCACUGAGCACGAAGGUAGUGACUAGCCAUGAACUGUGAGUACAACGAGAACUCUGAACUUAGUAUACCAUCGCCGACUGCUGUAUAUUUCAUACGUCUCAUCCAUACUCAUCCACCACUCUCACUACUCACACGUAAUUGCCCUAAGUGCAUUGUAGAUUCCAUACCCUGUUCAUAUGCCGUCAUCACUGAUUAACUCUUCAUUGCAUACUCUAUAUACUGUUUAGUCAU